UUCCGGAUGUUCUCGGUAGGUUGCUAGCGCUCAGAUUUAGAAGAUGAACGCGCCUCCCGCCUUCGAGUCGUUCCUCCUGUUCGAAGGAGAGAAGAAGAUCAGCAUCAGCAAGGACACCAAAGUGCCGAACGCCUGUUUGUUCACUUUGAACAAAGAGGACCACACGCUAGGAAACAUCAUCCGAGCUCAGCUGUUAAAGGAUCCACAGGUUCUGUUUGCUGGUUAUAAAGUUCCUCAUCCUCUGGAACACAAGAUCGUCAUCAGAGUGCAGACCACACCUGACUACAGUCCACAGGAAGCGUUUACAAACGCCAUCACAGAUCUCAUCAGCGAGCUCUCUCUGCUGGAGGAACGCUUCAGAGUCUCCAUCAAGGACAAACAGGAAGGGAUCGAGUGAUGCCCCGCCCCCUGAUUAUGAUGUCACUUCCUUGUUUGAUUAUUGGUUUAUUUUUGUAAAUAAAAUGAUGUGAUGUCACAACCUG